AUGGUGUUCAAAAAGGGGAUGCAGGACCAGAAGAAUCGCAUUUACUCCACCGUGAAGUCAAAGUCUACUUCAGCCACAGUCAAUAAUCUGAAGCCAAGUACAGCGUACAUCUUUCAGAUCCGAGCAUUCACCGCCGCGGGAUACGGCACCUUCGGUCCCAGAGUAGAGGUCACCACCAAGGAAGAAUCCACUGGAUCUGCUACAGUCAUAUCGAGUGAGCAGAAUCCAGUCAUCAUCAUUGCGGUGGUGGCGGUAGCCGGUACUAUCAUCCUGGUCUUCAUGGUGUUUGGUUUCAUCAUAGGGAGAAGACACUGUGGCUACAGUAAGGCCGAUCAGGAAGGGGACGAGGAGCUCUACUUUCAAUGCACCAAAACAUACAUUGACCCUGAAACCUACGAAGACCCAAACAGGGCUGUCCAUCAGUUCGCAAAGGAGCUGGAUGCCUCUUGCAUUAAGAUUGAGAGGGUUAUCGGCGCAGGAGAGUUUGGAGAGGUGUGCAGUGGACGACUGAAGCUGCCGGGAAAGAGGGAUGUGUCGGUGGCCAUAAAAACGCUGAAAGUAGGCUACACUGAAAAACAAAGGCGGGACUUCCUGUGCGAGGCCAGCAUAAUGGGCCAGUUUGAUCACCCGAAUGUGGUCCAUCUGGAGGGUGUCGUCACCAGAGGAAAACCAGUCAUGAUAGUAAUUGAAUACAUGGAAAAUGGCUCAUUAGAUGCAUUCCUCAGGAAACAUGAUGGGCAGUUCACUGUGAUUCAGUUGGUGGGAAUGCUGCGCGGCAUCGCGGCCGGCAUGAGAUACCUCUCAGACAUGGGCUACGUCCAUCGCGAUCUGGCGGCGCGAAACAUCCUUGUCAACAGCAAUCUCGUAUGUAAAGUGUCUGACUUCGGCCUGUCCAGAGUGAUUGACGACGAUCCCGAAGCUGUCUACACAACGACGGGUGGAAAGAUCCCAGUUCGGUGGACAGCAAUGGAAGCCAUCCAGUAUCGAAAAUUCACAUCAGCUAGUGAUGUAUGGAGCUACGGGAUUCUCAUGUGGGAGGUCAUGUCCUACGGGGAACGACCUUAUUGGGACAUGUCCAAUCAAGAUGUCAUAAAGGCUAUCGAGGAGGGAUAUCGUCUUCCCGCCCCCAUGGACUGCCCUCCUGGCCUCCAUCAGCUCAUGUUGGACUGCUGGCAGAAAGACAGAGCAGACCGACCCAAAUUCGAUCAGAUCGUCGGCAUCCUGGACAAAAUGAUCCGAAAUCCUAACACCUUAAAAACACCAAUGGGAACAUGUACGAGACCCAUAAGCCCACUGCUUGACCAGAACACUCCAGAUUUCAACUCUUUCCGAUUGGUCAGUGAGUGGUUGGAAGCCAUCAAGAUGGAGAGAUACGUGGACAGCUUCACAGCUGCGGGCUACAGCUCGCUCGAAUCUGUCGCUAGAAUGACUAUCGAGGAUGUAAUGAGUUUGGGAAUCUCCUUGGUGGGCCAUCAGAAGAAGAUCAUGAGCAGUAUACAGACUAUGAGAGCCCAGAUGCUACAUCUUCACGGGACGGGCGUUCAAGUGUGAUGGGCGUCUGCAGCGCUCCCCGAACAGAUGAACCAGAACUCUCCAGCACAGCACCGCAAAGUGUGUGACACAGCAAAAUAAAACAAAACAAAAACAACAAAAACUCAACGACAAAGAAAAAAAAAACAUUCUGUUUUUAACCUCCAAGAACUGACAGAACAGAAUAAUUCCUUUGUUAUUUUCGGCGAAGGAUUUUGGCGAAGGUGCUGGAAACCAAGAGAUGGAGAGACAUGAAAAAUGCAAACAGGCAAGAGGGAGAGAGAGGGAGAGAAUCUUAAACAGACAGUGACUUCAGGAUGCUCUAAAGAACUCAUCGCGUGAUUGAGAUGGAGCAUUCUAGAGGAUUUUUAUGCUUUGUAUGGACUGUCUUUAUCGUCACAAAAAGUUGAUUUGCUCAUAGUUGCUAUAAAGUUCACUGAUUCCUUUUUUAAAUCAAGGGUGAAUACAAAAAUAAGCAAAUCCAGUUCAUAAGGAGUGAAUUUGCUAUGAGUUCAUUUGCUUUGGUUUGUAAUAUCCACACUAAGGCAGUGUGGGACGUUACUCUUCUGCUCGAUUGAUUUGUGUUAGCUUGUUUUCUCGGAUUGUGUUACGGAACUGACAACAGGGUAAAAUGUCUCAUCUGGAGAGAAAGAGACAGAACCAGAGGCUGAAAGUCGACAGAGGAGGUUUGUCUUCUCCAGCCAGCACUAUCUACAUGAAGCUCUCUCCAGACUGAAGCAUUGGCAGAGAGUCAGGCCGACCUGGUCUUUUAUAUCGAGCAGAAAUAUCCCACUGCUCGGUCACGUCAAGCUCCUGAGAGUGGCUGGUUGUGUUUAAGAACAGCCUGAGCAGAUGGUUAGGUAUAUUUUAUGAUCCUACAUGACAAUUCAGAUGUGAAUUAGUACAAAGAGAAUUGGUAACCACUUCAGGUGGAGUGUUUUUUUUUUUUAUGUAAGAACUAUUACGGUGGCAAUAUUCUUUAUAUUUACCACAUGAAUGGAUUUAUCAGUGCUGUUGUUGAAUGUGUACUUUUUAUUACUGAUAUUACUUACCAUAAAUACGUUUCCAUAAAGAAUGGAAAAAUGAAAAAAAAAAAAAAAAAAGGUUAGGCUAUUUUGAUUUAAUUGUUUAAGCAACAGUUACAUUUUUGUUCAGUAUCAGUUGGUUUCCUAGCAGGUGACUGACUUUAAAAUCAUACAAUGUUGUGGUGUAAAGGAGUAAUACUGCCUUAAAACAAGUCAACUAUUGCUCUUAUUUUUAGGUACUUAGAUUCUUUGUGAGAUCACAGCUAAGUUGGGAAGAGACUGACUAAUAUGAGCAAUAAUUUGAGGUGCUGUAUAGACUUUUACUCACGUACUGCUUGGAAAUCAGCAGCAGUGCUGUGAAAUUUGAUCAAAGAGAGUUGGUGAAUUUAUAUACAAGGAUCUCUUCACCCAGACUGCGAUGUUUCAGUGUGUUUCUUCCACCCUUUUGUUGUGCUGAGCUCAAAGAUGAGGUUUACACUGAAGUAUUAGUGCCAUAACAGCCUUCCACUCUCAACUGAAUGUUUCAUUGACAAUUAAAUGUUACGCAUUUUAGUGUUAAGUACUUUGAGGAGUGCUGUAGACCCUUUUAGACUUGCUUUACUGGGCUGCCACAAAACUCUACCAUUUACAGUUUUGUUUUAUUUACUACAAAACCUUAAUGUGACACAUUUUAAACCCACACAACACGUUUUUCAUUAUUUUGGGGAACCAAUGCCAUGUUAACCUCAACAGCCGUGCCAACACGUGGCAUUUUUCUUUAUUAGAAAGAAAGCGAAAGUGGAGCCGUUGGAGCGCAGCAUCACUGGAGGAUUUAGCUAAACGUUUGGUGCUUCAAAAAAGCCAUCAUUUACGAUGCCGUCUCCAUUGUGAACCCAGCUGGUUUGUGUGUGCGUCUCAUCCGGAUCAUAUCGUACCCUGGUUAGAGGCCCAUCUCUGCUCCACUAUCCUUCCAUCUCGCUAACCUCAGCAUUGAGCCCACGCCAGGCCUUUGAAUUGAAUGCGAGCGGAAAGGCUCUCGGUCAGCACAAACCUCCCGAGCUUCGUAACUGCAGCCACUCAGAUCAGCCUCCCGGCACGCUCUGAUCUCACACUCCGGCCUCCUGGGGGCCCCUCGCAGGCCCUUACCCUCUCCGUUCAGAUCCGGGGCCCCUGUAGAGACAGCAAUUUGAGCCAAUUUGAGAUUAACGCCUGGAUUCAAUCAAUCCCACAUUGAGGCCACCGUACGGGUCAAUGACAAAUCUGACAAUUUUUCUGCUUUGUGCCGUUUCUAACUUUUCUGGUUUGAUAUAGCGAAGUUUUCAGUCAAGACAGUUUGUGCUGUGGAUUGAUUGAGUUCACGGUGCAGCAGGGUAUUAAAGACUUCUCGAAAGAUGCCAGAGAGCCCACCUAGACAAAAAGUGAAGUGGAAUAUUCCAAAGAGUUCAGCACUGUUGAUUGUGUCAGAGUAAUCACAAACCAGAGGACAAUUUGUAUAUGUUUUAGCUGUAAAACUUGUAUAUUUUAUUUAUAAUUCUCAUUUCUUUAUUUUUCACUUAAGUACUCUGUAGUGAGCUCAUUGAAAAUGCACUAUAUUUUUCUAUCUCACAUGCAGCUGAUUCUCGUCACCCUCACUCUUUCAGUUGUACAUAAUUUCUCAUUUAGGACCAAAGAGAGCUAAUAGGUUUCCAUUUUAGAAGAGUUUGUUGUUUUUUGUUUUUUUUGUCUUUUAGGUUGGAAAAAUGUACAGUACAAAGGAAUUGUCAAUUUAUUAUUUAUUUUUCUGUGACAAGAGUAUGGAGAGUAUUCAUUGGUCAAAAAAAGUAUUUUCCUCAGUUGAGAAACUGUAUGGUCAUUUACCUAGAUGAUUUCUUGUUACAUAGACCUUUUUUUUUUUUUUUUUUUUUUGCUUUUGCUUUGUAACCUUUGUAAUAGACUGUACAUAUAUUUUUGGAAAUAUAAUGCAAUCUUUAUA